AUGCUUGACGUUGAAGAUUUUAAUGCUGUCUUUCGAGGGCACAACUACACCGACGGCCUGGUACAGCAGAUCCAAGAGUACCAGCAUGCGCUCGGCGGACAGACCUUCUUUGAGCGCCUAUUGGAGCUGCUGAAGAUCAAGGGACGCAAGGCAUACCCACCAAAGACACCACAACAGCUGCACGACCUACACCAGCGCAUCGUCUCCUCCGAAACCACACUACACAACAAGCACUGUCUGAUCUUCUACCUACUCAAAGACUUGUCGCCGCAGCACCAUGAGGACGACGAGCUCGCAACCGCAUUCGCACGCGACGUUCACCUCGAGAAGCGCUUCUGGACCUUCAUCGAAGGCUUGUGGUCUCUGGAUCAUCUCGAAUUUGCGAACGCUGUCGGCAACCUUACACACCCUAGCAUAAUACCAACGUUCCCAGACGAGAUCAUGCUCACGCUACUGAAUGGAAGAGAGAAGCUGAACAGGGUGAAUGUGCAGAAGGGCGAACAGGAUGAGGUGCUACCACUUGCCUACUACAAUUGCGUCAAGCCGCCGCUCGAGGACCAGAAAGUCAGGACCGAAUUUGCAAAGUAUCUUUCAAGCCGCAACGUUACGGAAACAUACUACUGGAUUCAUACCCGACCCGAGCAUGAGCAGAAGCCGCUUCUUGAGAUCUUGAUUGAGCAGACAUUGGACAAGAGCACGUGGAACAACGGUAUCGGUGGAGAAUUGUACACAAGGGAAGACAAAGCCAUGGAGCUUGUCAGCUUGCCAUUUAGCGACGAGGAAGAGGACUUCAUCGAAAAAUUCUUGACCGAGGGCAAGGGCAGGUCCUUCCGGAACGCGGAGGAUACAGUCAUGAUGCGUAGAAUUGCUAUGGGCAGGUUGACUGAUGUGGCAGAAGAUCAAAACACACGUGGCCGCAGGCAGGAUGGCGUUAAUUGGGACUCGUUGAAGGAUGGCGUCAAGAAAGGACUUGGGCCGAGGCGUGACGAAGACGGGUUUGUCUUUUGA